AUCCUCCCUCUUACCUCCACCCCUCCUCAAACAUACAGACCUAGAGGAGUGCUUCCCAUGAGCUGAGCUUCCACUCAGUUUGUAGUUCCUAGAUGAAGGAUUCAUGUUUCCCUCCCCAUUGGACCGCGAUGGCUGCGAGCCGCUACGUGCCGUGACGGAGACAGACAGUGAGGACAUUAGUGGGAGAGAGGAGGGACUCAGAAGUGAGGAGGGUUUCAGUCCACUUCCGAAACAGACCGAGACCAUCUUCAACUGAGAAAUGGGGUGUAGGCUCCCAAAGCUGAGGAAAGCCGAGGAGAGGCGCAGUCCUGGCAACAUCUACUCCACCCUCCGACGGCCUCAAGUGGAGACUAAGGUUGGAGUGGCCUACACCUACCAUUUUCUGGAUUUUCUGUUGGGAAAAGAAGAGGUGCCCGUCUCGUCUGUGCUUUGUCUGUCGUCGAUCAGAGAGUUGCCGGUUCAGGUCAGGGAACUGUACGCGCAGGGCUUCGUCCUGGUGGCGGUUCACCCCUUUGUCCACCCCUGCGGCCCUCGCCACGCUCACAUCCAGCGCCAGCUCCACCGAGCCGUGUUAGUCAGAGAGACACAAAGUCCAGAGAAAAGCCAGCUGUGGUCGGCGAGAAACCGCCUGGAGACGGAGGUCUGUGUGGCCAGUCAACAGGCUGCAGACCCAGAAGCCAUCCAGAACUAUGUUAAGAAGAUCCAAGAUGUGGCAGAACAAGGGGUGAUGUUUGUGGGUUUUCUCCAGCAGCCGGGCGGAGGGCCGUAUUUUUUGGGGCACUGGGACGCAGACGAGUUGUCGUCCUUGCAUUCAAGCCCGUCACCAAUACAUCGACAGCCUUUCAGUACCAAUACGAGCCCGACAGGACCGAAUCCGAAUGGUGAAGAUGCUGAUCUCUGUUGCUGUGAAUCACUAGAGAUGGAUCAUGAGAGUGUGGAGAAGGACAAACAGGACCUAAACUUGUCGGUUUCCAGAAAACCAGACUUCAGCCUUCUAAAACACACCGUAAAUGUCCCUCAUAACCCAGAGGAGCUUGGUAAUAAAAUAAUAACCUCACAGACUGGUUCCAAGGACUUCCAUAAACCUCGUGGUCACAUCAAACCUGAUUCUCACAAUGCAGCAGAUGUCCAGGGGAAAUGGUCAGGUCUCAGCCAACCAGAAACAGCAGUCACAACAAGGCUGCAGGAGUGUAAAUUACAAGAGAUUAAACAGCACUUCACUGCAUCCAGAGAGAAACAUCUAAACCUCUCCAAACAGAGGGAAACGAGGGUUUCCAGCCCAGACAGCUGGCUCAGCUCUCCAGAGCUAGAUCGUAACCAUGACAGAAGAUCUGACUCAACUCACGCAGAUGGGCAAAGACGCGUGACAACCCAGAACAACAACCACAUCAGGCUGAAGAAUUCUGGGAAUGACAUGGGUUCAACCUCACCACCGGCGCAGGCUAGGAUGCAGCUGUUUGCACUGUACAACCACACAGAAGAGCCCGACACCUCCCUGAGGUUCUACUCUCUCAGGGUGCCUCUUCAUGUUCAAAAGGAGGCGGAGGCGAUUACAGACGUUGAUGCAAACUGGCUCGACCACAUGACUCAGCAUUUUAGCAGCGGAGCACAGCUCAUUGAUGGGUUUUUCCACCUCACCGAUGAGCAUGACAGUGGAGUUUCAUCUGUGGAUAGCAUUUUCAUCUUUCAGAGCUCUGCGGAGGAGACCACAGACACCUCCUAUGACGCCAUCGUGGUUGAGCAGUGGACUGUUAUAGAUGGUGUUGUGGUUAAGACGGAUUAUAUCCCGCUGCUCCAGUCCUUAGCUCCAUAUGGAUGGAAACUGAUGUGUGUGCUGCCAACACCCAUCGUUAGAACAAACAGGUAUCAACCCAUCCACAAUUAUAAUGAUGGAAGUUUGUCGACUAAGCAAAUCCUUUUCCUUCAGAGACCAAUUUUGCAACGCAGGAGAAAAGACUUCAAGAUGCUGAACCUCAGAGGUCGCAGCAAGGCAAAGAAACACUCAGCCGGAGAAGCUCUAGACGAGCAAGAGAACAAGUCCCUCGUGAUAGAGACCGAGAUGGACAGGCUGAGGAUCAAUGAAGAGGAAGAGGAGGCAGAAGCAGAGGGGAGGAAGAGAGGGGACAGAGGAAAGAGCAAAAGAGUGAGCCUUCAGAAGACCAGAGAGGAUGCGCUACAUCAAAAGGCCUUCUCCUUUUUGUUGGAGCGCAGGGCUUCUGUGGAACAUCAAGAGGAGGAAACUGACGUAGACGCCAUCCCACUACCCAGGCAAGAGAAGGCGGUGAGAUGGACGGAUUUCUGUCCGGGUGAUGAGAGGGGUUUAAAGGAAAAGGUCAGGAUGGAGGAGCGGAUUAAACAGCAGCUGUUCUCUGGAGUCUGUUGAUGUACAGUAUCUGAGAGCCGAGCAAUCAGAGGGAGCUGAAACCUGGCUGUCCUGGGAUGGGAUCGAGUAUAUACAGGGCUGUGAAAAAGUGUUAGGCACCUUGCAAAAUUCUUGUUUUUUCCUUUUUUUUCCAUUGACCUGAGUAAAUGCAAAAUGCAGUUUUCAAAUGAUGAUAUCCAAGCCAACCUGGCUGUAUGUGAAAAGGUUAUCUCCCCUCUUAUUAAAUUAUAAAUUAACUGUGAUCAACCACAUUUUUUAGAAAGCUCAGGUUAAUUUCAAUAGCCAUACCCAUGUUUGAUUAUGACUAGGCCUGCAAAAAUUAAUUAAUCGCUAAAAUGUAUGUCUGACAAGAUAUGCUUAAAUAUCUCAAAAAGCAACACAUCAUACCCAUACUCAAGAAAUUCAAAAACAAGUGGGAACAAUCUGGAAACUACUAAACUUACUGCCAGAGAGCAUUGAUGACUCAUCCAAGAGGUCACAAAGGAACCCGGAACAACAUCUAAACCAUACAGACAAACAUGGUUGUGCUAGUGAUUGUGUGGAGCUGCUUCGCUGCCUUACGACGGAUGACAGACCCAUGAAUGCUGCUCACUACCAGAAAAUCCUGCAAGAGAUGUUUGGCCAUCAGUUUGUAACUUUAGGUUCAAGGGCACUUGGGUUACUUACCAUGGCAGUGAGCCAAAGUCCACUUCUAAGUGGCUUAAAAUAAAAACGGAGGAUUUGAAGUUGUGUAUUCAAAGUCUAAAUCUACAUCUAGUCGAGAAGCUGUGGCAUGGCGUUAAACAGGCCACUCAGACCCUCCAGUGUGGCUGAACAUAAAUUCUGUAGAGAAGAGUGGACCAAAAUUCCUCUACUACUGUGUUAAAGACCAAGCACAAGCACUUAUUGACUUUUACUUUUCACGCAGAGCCAAUUUGGUUUGGAUCCCUUUUUUUCCUUUGUUAAAUGAAUUCCUCAGUUAAUAACUGCUGUUUGGAUUUCCUCCGGUUAUCUUUAUCCGAGAUAAACAAAAUGGUUUGAUGAUCUGAAACACUCACACAUGACAGAAAAAGAAAAACUAUUAGAAAUCUGUAAGGGGGAAAAUGCCUUUCCAGAGGACUUUCGUAUAUUUAUGUUGCUUUCAGUUGUCAAGUCUAAUGUGGUAAAAAUGUGUUGUGGGAUUCUCUGCUUUGUGAAAACUGAACAGACUGUACAAUGCUACACAGCUUCUUCAGCCAAUGCCUUGAGUAGGACUUUCUUUUGUUGUUUUUUUUUUAAAGUUUGCUGUCUAUUUCAGGCUUAUAAGACAUCCAUAGUAAGGAGUAACUCUGGGUCAAUUUGCCCCACUGCCAACCCAUAUACCAUGGCGUUACCAUUUUAUACCAAUAAGCCCGCCAGGUCGUACCCGUGCUCUUACUCAUUCAGUAGCACUUUUUCUUUUGGUAUAUACUUUGAUGAAUUACGGAAACAAAAAAAAUAACAUUACAAAUCCCUCAAAUUUUCUUGUAUAAUCUAAUUUAAUUAAAAAUAUUUUCUGAAGAUGUUAUAUUACACCCAAUUUCCACUUAUUGUAGUUUUAAUCCAUGUUUGAGGUAGUAACCUCCAGCUGGUGGACAUUAUUUGCAACACAGCCACAUUUGGGUGGUAUGAAACAACUAGUGGUAAGCCGCUCCUUUCCGUUCAACAGUUGGGUCCGAAAAGACCAAACCUGUAAAAGUACAAAUCGGCAAAGGGGCAAAAAGACCCCGAAGAGGAACUGCUGAAGGACUGUGGGUGACUUUUACCCCCCUUCUACUAGCUGUUAGUCAAGCUGCUAUAAAGUGUUGUUGUGUGAGUGAGCUUUCAUUUGUAUUACAGGCUGUAAUCGUUAUAUCUGGUGAGAAUGUUCUUGUUUUGGACUUUCACGUUUCCUGGACUCAGUAUAUUUUAAUUAUACAUUUCAUGCAGUGUCUUGGAAAACCAUUCUUGCUCCUUGGCCUUUUUAAUUUUGUUAUGUUACAGCCACAAACUUCCAAUGUAAUUGAUUUUUAGAAACCAACACAAAGCUGUGCAUAAUUGGGAAGAGGAAAGAAAAUGCGACUUGGUUUUCCAACUAUUUAACAUCUAAAUAUACGAAAUGUGCAUUUGCAUUCAGCCCUUCUGGUUAAUACUUUGUAGAACCACCUUUUGCUGCAAACAAAGUUACAAGUCUUUUGGGGUAUGUCUCCCCCAGCUUUGCUCAUCUAAGAACUGAUAUUUUUGCCUAUUUGUCUUUAAAAACCAUUCCCACAGCAUUAUGCUACCUCUGCUGUUUUACCAGUGGGUUGGUGUGUUCAGGCCAUGGUGCAAAACAUGUGUUUCUAAUGUACGCCAAAAAAAUUCAGUUUUGAUGUCAUUUAACCCAAACCCGACCUUCCGCUUGUUUACUUCGUCCCCUACAUGGCUUGUGGCAAACUGGACUUCUUAUAACUUUGCUUCAACAAUGACUUUCUUUUUCACCACACUUCCAUUAAGGCCAUGUUUGCAAAGUACAUUAAUAUUAGUCAACAGAUCAUCCUACCUGAGCUGUGGAUUUAUAACUUUACAUCUUGGGAUACUGUGUCAUUAAAUGCUAAUAAAAAACAUAAAAGUUUGUUUGUUACACAGCAAAAUUUGAAACGGAGUGUAAAUAGUGUUGCAAGACACUGCAAACGGUGCACUGGUGAAAAGGGUUGGGAUGUGGUAGACUGCAACACAGCUUAAAUCGCUAGUUAGAACCACAUUUCCUCAUUUGUUUUUAUCCAAUGAGAGGUUUGGUUAAAGAAGUAAUAGUCUAGAAGUCAAUGGUAAUUGGGAAGUUUAUUAAAAAUCGGUUUUAGUAGAUGUGGUAAGCAAGUCGAAAGUCUGCUGCAGGUUUUUAGGUGCAUUUGCAACCUACAGCAGCAUAUUCACAAAUUGUUUAAAGGGGCCCUCAAUGCCAGUACAAUGUCACCAUUGGGCUGCAAAGAUCGGACAAACCCAUCUACAAGAGGGCACUAAAAUCAGUGUGUUUGGAACUAUUCAGCAGCAGGAAACAUAUCAGUAUUUCCACAGGAGACAGUUGAGGUAGAUAAUCUGUUUUCUAGCAGGGAAAUGAGAAGUUUGUACAACAUCAGGUCCAGUGAAAAACAAACUCCAGGAACUACACUUAUCACUGUCAAAGCAGGAGCAAAUAGAAAACCUGAAUGAUCUUCAAGGAAUGGCCAAACUAGUCCUUAACACACACAAAAAAAAUCAUAAAAUAUCCAAUCCAGUUCUGGAAUGUUUGUCAAGUCCUCACUGAAGCCAAACGUAAAGGCAGAUAAACAGAAAGAGUUGGAACAGUUGGUGUUUCAGAUGGUCAGAGCUCAUCUGACAUGUACUGAUAGUAUUUCAGACUUAUGGGAUUUAAGAGCAGUUUGGUUCUAGAUUAUUUGCUUUACGGUUCUAUAAUGUGGAAAAAAUGUCACCCUUCAGUAAGCAAGAGACGAAAUUGUCAAAUUGGUCAAAAACUCUACAAUUGGCCAACAUAUGUAUUAGCUCAUUACAAAACCUAAGUGAGAAUACGCCAAGGAGAGUGACAUUUUUUAAUGUUUUUAUGAGUAACUCUUGUAUUCAGUAUUUAUAAAGUGCUACCUUUAAACCUUAAUGACAUUUUCAAAAGCUGGAGGCAAUGGAAAACUUUAAUUUGCAAUAAGUGACCCAAGAAUGUGUUGUUUAGAAAUCAGCUUUUUAUUUGUUUCCUGGACUACCUGUGAAGUGCUUAUGUGAUGUAACAUUUAGGUCUUGGUUCAACAAGAAGGUCAAUAAAGCGUUUAAAACCA